UCUAUGCAAUUUCUGGGAGACAGGCGAAGAAAAGGACCCUGGAUUUCAUAUUGGACACAGCGUCCGCCAACCACUCCCUCGGAAACUACCUAGAAUUGCUGAAAGUGAACGGGACUUUGGUGGUUGUGGGGGCACCGGAUAAGCCCAUGGAGCUGCCUUCUUUCCCUUUGAUUUUUGGCAAAAGAAUAAUAAAAGGGAGCAUCUUAGGUGGGAUGAAAGAGACACAGGAGAUGAUGGAUGUGUGUGGGCAGCGCAACAUAAAGUCGGAUAUCGAGGUGGUGAAGACAGACCAGAUCAACCAGGCACUGGAUAGGCUUUCUAGGAAUGAUGUUCGGUAUCGUUUUGUAAUUGACAUUGCCGGCAAGUCUGCAAAGAUGUAGGACUCCUUGGCUUCAUGUUAGCGUCUUGGCUAGUAUUCAUCUUCGUGAAUAAACGGUCUACAAGAACCUGUGCUUUGCAAUUAAUUAUCACCUUAUGUUACCAAAGAAAACUGCUAGUUCUACCGGGUAUAUAUUUAUAUAAACUACGACGAGAAUAAAAGUAUGUUUGACGUA